CGCGAAGUAGCUACUUCUCGUGGUGCGGUGCCACCAAAGGAUUGGUCGCCCCGCUGAAGCUGACAGCUUUUGCAUCACUGACUUGAAGGUUUGAUCUUGAUGUAUUGUUGAGACAUUACUGUAUAGAAGGAAUGAAUUCCCCUGUAUUCCCACGUUGACUCACGACAAUGAAAUUGUUUUCGGACCAUCCAUCUAGAAAUCUGCCAAGAUGCGCUUCACGGCACUGAUUUCGUAUAUCCUCUCCGCGCUCUUCGUAGCGCAAUCCCCAACACCAGCCCUCGCCAUCCCGACAACACGCCAAUCUGGAAGCCUGGCCUUUCUACCCGACAACCCUCUUUUCACAUUCUCCUAUUCCACGCAAAACGCCGACGCAAAGAACUGGAUCGGCAUCUACCGCGCCUCCGGCGGCGGACCCGAGAACCAGACGUUCGUGGAACCGUCGCUGGUCUGGGGGUAUGCGCCCCAGUCGAAUGGGACACUCAAGAUUGACAAUGGGGGCUUGGUUCCUGGCGAGUACCGCGCCUACUUCCUCGCCAAAGACGGAUAUGCGUGGCUUGCGCCGCCGGUGGACGUGAGGGUGCCGUAUGCUUCCGGGCCGGUUGAGUUCCUCGUUGACGAAGUCUCGCUGAGGAACGCGCGUGUGGGGGACGGGUACGAGGCGCGGGUCAAUGGGUUGAGGAGCGGUGGCGGGAGUGCGUCCGUGAACUUUCGUAAAGUCGAAGGGAGCGAAUGGGUCAAGGUCUCGGAGGCGGGCGUGUUAUCCGGCACGCCUGACGUCGCGGGGCCCGCUCACGUCAAGAUCGAGGUGGCCGUCGCAGCAACAGCAGCGGCGGAUGGAUCGUCUGCGCGGUUGAACGUCACCAUCCCCGUCCGCCCUAUCGGAGCACUGCUUGUUGACGAGGUAUCCGUCAUGUCGUUUAACCUGUGGCACGGCGGGACGCAGGUGUCCGAUUAUCACGCCAAACAAGUGCGCUUCCUGGCCUCAAGCGGCGUGGAUGUCGUCGGCGUACAGGAGAGCACGGGAGGCCAUGCUACGCGGCUGGGGGAUGCGUUGGGGUGGUUUUCGUGGCAGGGCGGCGAUGUCGGGUUCGUGAGCAAGUAUCCGCUCAAGAAUGCCGCUGCGCACGAGGGCGGGACGUAUGCUGCUUCCGUGAGGGUUGUGCUCGAUGGUGAAGGGGAGGAGGUUGUGUUGUGGAAUGUGCACUUGGGGUACGACCCGUACGGACCCUACGACUUCUGCUUCGACAACAUGACGGUGGAGGAGGUGCUGGCGCGGGAGACGGAGUCCAAGAGGACGCCGCAGAUCGAGUCUGUCGUCCGGGCUAUGGCGGGGCAGUUGGCUGAGGCGGAGGCGGUGCCUGUGGUGCUGGUGGGUGACUUCAACGCGCCUUCGCAUCUGGAUUGGGUUGAUGCCACGAGCGGGAUGCACUGCGGACAAGGGGACAUGCCAUGGCCUACGUCAGUUGCGCCGACGGAGGCCGGGUUGGUUGAUUCGUACCGGGUGGUGUGGCCGGACCCCGGGGCAAGGCCGGGAGUUACGUGGUCGCCUAUCUUCUUGGAGAAUGAGGGAAGGCCGGAACCGAUGGAUAGGAUCGAUUUUGUGUAUUUCCGGGGCGGGAAGUUGGAGGUUCUCGGGUCGCAGGAGGUUGUGGUGGGGGAGCCGGCGCCGGAGCCGGAGCACGGGGCAAAUGAGUGGACUUCGGAUCAUGCUGCUGUUGUGACGAGGUUCAAGGUGAAGAGUUAGUUGCAUCUAUGACAAUACGUCGUACUAUGUAUGGUGUCUAGAAGUUAAAGUCUGCGUGAGUGAACAGAAUGUAUAUACUGUAAGGCAAAUGAUGAGAUCUGUGGCAAUCUGUUGGUCUUCGUGUCAAAGUGUUGGUAACUGCUUAGUGCCUCAUCUUCAGUGCCUUAUCUUCACCCCAGGCCGCGAUGUGUUUUUCUUUAUUGUUAUUUCAAGAAAACGCUCUUGUGCCUUAUGGAAAAAAUAAUGGGUGCACGAACAGAAGAAGAGCCCAACAAUUGCUAUAAAUUC